AUGGCUUUUGGCAAGGAUAAGAAGGCGGCAGAUGCCACGGCGGCAGCAGGGUCAGACACAGAUGCAUCCUUUGUAUCCGCCAAGAACUCGGUAGAAGGUGACAACGACAGACCGCAGACCGCCUCCAGCGGCAAGGAUGCAGCAUCAGUUCCCACGGACGGGCAGGUGCCUUCGGAUACCAGCAAACUGAGGACGUUCCUUGGAAUUCUCAGACGCUUCAUUGGCGUUACGGAUAUAGCAGCUGUACGCUUUAGUCUGCCGGCGCAGCUGCUUGAGCCGAUCCCCAAUCUGGAGUACUGGCACUACCUCGACCGACCGGAGACCUUUGCCGCGAUUGGUGACAGUGAAGAUCCGUUGGAGCGGAUGCUGGGAUGUCUGCGGUUCUGGUUUACAAAGGACCUAAAGUACGUCAAGGGAAAGCCGUGUAAGCCCUACAACAGCGCCUUGGGCGAGUUCUUCCGCUGCACAUGGGAGGUCGAGGGCAAUGAAGCUGCCAAAACGACUUCCAACCCCAAACCGGUAAAGGUCAACUACCUCACCGAACAGACCUCGCAUCACCCGCCCGUAUCCGCGUUCAUCUACGAGUGUCCGGAGAAGGGCGUCGAGGCGGUGGGCUACGAUCAGCUCUCCGCCAAGUUCACCGGCACCUCUGUGAAGGUCACUCCGGGCCAGCACAACCAGGGCAUCUUCAUUCGGCUGCGCAAUCGUGACAACGAGGAAUACCAGCUCACCCACCCCGCGGCCUUUCUCGGCGGUUUCCUUCGAGGCAAUCUCUACAUCACCGUGGCGGACACAUGCUACGUGACUUGCAAAAAGACGGGCCUGAAGACAAUACUACACUAUCUCGAGGAAGGUUAUUUCGGCAAGACGCAGAACAAAGUGGAGGGAAUCGUCUACAAACCCGCAGACAUUUCCAAGGAUUCCGUAACGAGGCUCAAGGACGUUCCUACGAAAGAGAUUCUCGGGAGGAUAGAGGGUGUCUGGACGGAGAAGCUCUGGUUUUCCAAGGGGAGUGCAGAGUUCAAGAAGACAAAGGAGGCGGAUCGAAUCCUGUUGAUGGAUGUUACACCUCUUCUUCCCAUCGCGAAGCAAUGUCCGCCGGAGGAACACCAACUCCCCAACGAGAGUCGGAAGUUCUGGGGACCUGUCACGGAACACAUCCAGAGCAAGCAGUUCGGUCAAGCGACAACAAAGAAGCAAGAAUUGGAGGAGCGGCAGAGAGAACGGGCUGCAGAAAGAGCAGCACAGAACAAGGAGUGGAAGCCUCGAUUCUUCACGACUGUCACGGAAGGCGAUGGAAAGCCGGUGGUCAGUGGAGAGGGCAAGGCUGCUAUGGAGGGUUUGCAGAAGGGAGACUAUAAGUUGAGUGAGCCAGAAGAGUAUGGUGCUCUGUGA